CGUAGGAAAGCGGAUAUUGUCAGCUGAAUCCUCUUCCUAUCGAAUACACAAAAGUUGGUAUCCAAUUCGAUUUAGUUUUCAUUUCCAUCGACACGUCUCACCGUAAUUGAUUCUGGUGAAGAUACCCCGCGAAAAGAAAAGGAAGAUCAUCCGGUAUAUUGCUCUACAAUUGACUGACCCGACGUGUCAGGCAAAUGUUCAGUCUGCACAUGAUGCUGAAAUAUUUAUUUUGGAAGUACCAGUCGAAACCAUUGUCAUAAUGAUGAUAUGUUGGCGAAGUCUAAGGAGGACCAUACACAACCCCUUCGUGUUCAUCAGUAUUGUAUGUAUCUAUGGAAUCUACUCAUUUUUUCAUGGAUUUCGUGGUGGUUUGGUACCCAGGAGAAACCUAUUUGAAAACCAAAAGGAGUUGGACAAAUUGAAUGAAAAAAGAACAUAUCCCUUCGAAAACCAUAGAGGGCGGCGUAACAGAACAGUAAGAACGAGGGCAGAUGUGAAUGCUCAGAUGUACAGGGUUUCAAAUGGCACCGAAUAUGACGACUUUGUCUCCUCAAAAGCAAGUUGGCAGGGGAAUGGUGAAAGUGAAGAUGCAACCCAAAAAGUUGGUGUUUCUUGCAAGCUUGGAUUGAGGAGAGAGCUCAAUAGCCAGUUCCAAUCUCACACCGAGGAUGUGGACCUUGGAAUCGUAGAAGAUUCCAUCUUCGGCAACAAGAGAACCAGCGUCGUGCUUUACGUGGCGAGGAUGCGCGCCAUCUUGGACCACGUCAUGAAUAGACUUCCAUCCAGUCGUUUUAUCAACCAUGAUGGAUACAGGCGAGAGAACGAGCGGGGAAUACAAAUAGGAAACUACACGUAUUAUGCUGGCGGGCACUGGGUGCCACUGGAUUGUGAGCCUAGAUGGAAGGUAGCUAUUGUAAUCCCGUUCAGGAAUCGACAUAAGCAUCUGUCUAUCUUGAUUCGAAACCUCGUACCUCUUCUAAAAUUACAAAAUCUCGAGUUCAGGAUAUUCGUCUCGGAACAGGACAACGAUAUGAUAUUCAAUCGUGGGUUGAUGAAGAACAUUGGGUAUCUGGAGGCUCUCCGGUUCGGCCGAUGGGACUGUGUUGUAUUCCACGAUAUAGACCAGAUCCCGAUGAAAGGGGCGAAUUACUACGGCUGUGACGGCAUGCCAAGGCAUUUCUGUGCAAGGCCGGAGGAAAUGGGAUUCAGACCCGCGUACGAACUUUUAUUCGGAGGAGUUGUGGGAGUGACAGAAGAACAGAUGGCAAAAUCAAACGGCUAUUCCAACUUCUACUGGGGUUGGGGAGGAGAAGAUGACGAUUUAUUAAAACGACUGUACAGCAGCGGCUACAAACCGACACGUGACCUACGUGAAGGAUUCUAUAGGUCGCUCAACCAUACAAAGAAAACAGAAAACGAAAUGUGCGAUGAGGCAUACUGUCUUCUGGAUAACUACCAAAAGCGAAUGCCGUGGGAUGGAGUGAACAACAUAACAUACACCGCCAGCCGACUGAAGCUAUCACUCCUUUAUACUCAAAUUUCUGUUGAUGUCAGACGUGCGAAGUGGAACAGUGGUUUUAGUCCGUGCUCGAUAACUGAAACUGUGGUGGACACUGAUGAAAGUGUGAGAUGACGACGGCAUAGGUUCAUUUAAUGCAUCGUUCAACCAUUGGAUUAUUAAUCAGUUGACAUUGCCGUAUUCUUUCUGCCUCGGCAUGCAAGAUAAAUAUUGUUAGGAUGUGACUUCUUCUCGAAGGUUCACCGGAUCUUCUUCAAAAUUAAGAUGUGGAUCCGUCUUAGAUGAGAAAACUGCCCCAAACUUGCCAAAGUAGCGAGUUAGUUGGUAUUUACAGAGUACCACACCAUGAGUUGUUAAAAUUAUACACCCUACAGAUUGAAAAUAACACCAAAUUGUGUAAAUGUAACAACCAAAGGUGUUGUAAUAACACUUGUAGGUGUUAAACUAACACUGUCAGGUUAACACCGGAGUAAAAUAAGUGGUGUGGUCCUCUAUGUACACCGGUUAACACCACAGUUUUUGCUGAGCGGAAUGAAUCCUACAAUGCAGCAAAUGCUUUAAAACUGCAAGUCAAGUCUGAGUGUAGUCUUUGUCGAGGGUCGUCCGACGUUUCAGAGGUGACGACAUAUCGUAGAUAUGUCGUUUGUCCAGCAGAGUCAUGGACGAAACUGCUUAGCUUCGAUUCACCGGCCCUCGACGAAGUUACAAAGGGCACUUGACAAUAGAUUCUCUACGUUCCAGAAAGUGUCUACAUAGCUGUUGUAAAAACUCCUGAAUGGCGUUUAUACCGGCUCGUCCAAUUGACCAUUCUAAGGAGCUUCGUUAUACACGACGGGUGCUCCUGCGACGAUGGAACUGACAGUUGGAUCACUGAUCCGCACAAGGUUCGUUUGCCCUCCCUGUUUACCGGUGUUUAAUUGUUUUGUGCUGAAAACAACAGGUUCUUUGAGUUUUGGUCACGUGAUAUUACUACAAUAUGUUUACUCACGAACACAGUAAAUGUAUUGUAAAUGCAAGUCAAAUCACAAUGUACAGCUUGGAGGUGAUUGUGGAAAAUUGGUGAACCGGAAGAGCAGUUUCGUCCGGAGUUUCGGAGCUGAAGACAGUUUGUCUGGAGUCCAGGACAAAACUGCUGUUUUGAUUCACCAAUUCUCGACAAUGACUUCGUGGUUGCUUUUUUCAUAUAAAGGACACUUGACAAUACAUUUCCUAUGUUCUUGAAAGCGUUCUGCGUCACGCGGUUAAAACACACUUCUGGUUUAUUCGUACAUGGCAAAACUGUGGUGUUAACCAGAGGACCACGCCAGAUAUUUUACACCGUUGUUAAAUUCAUGGUGUUAGUUUAACACUUACAUGUAAAUGUGUUGUUACAACACCUUUGGUUGUUACAUUUACACUCUUUGGUGUUAUGUUCAAUCUCUAGGACGUAAUUUUAACACCUCGUGGUGUGGUUCUCCAUUAACACCAACUGCUGUCAGUUUUAACACCACAGUUUUUACAUUGUAGGACGGAAACACUUCAACGCCAAUGCCAAAGACAUCUUGAUCGAACGACGUAGAAGUAAACGUCCGAAAAGCAUGCCUUGGUAAUACUGGCCCUCGUACAAUAGCAAACCGUCUGUCAUACUCGAUGACGUAAUGUUGGUCCAUUUCCCCGUUCAACUGAAAUAUAUCUAUAUACUGAUAUAAGUGACUAUUAUGUUAUACCAUGCAAUGAUUGCAAUAUAUAAAAACAUUGGAGAAAAAUGUUUAAUUUUGAAUAAAUAUGAAAUGUGACUGAGGAUGUAUUUUAUUUCAAUCGGCAUUUCGACGAAGAGCGUUACAUUAAGUAGAAUCCUUAUCAUUUAGUGGACAUAUUGUUGGAAAGAUUUUGUGGGCA